AUGGAUCAGUUGACAAAGAGUGCACACUUUCUAGCAAUCAAUCUGAAGAUGUCUAUGGAAAAGCUAGCUCAACUCUACAUCAAGGAGAUUAUUCGAUUGCAUGGAGUGCCGUCUAGAAUCAUCUCAGACCGAGACCCCAGAUUUACCUCUCGGUUCUGGAAAUUACUUCAGCAGGAAUUGGGCAAUCACUUGGGAGUUUGGGAUGAAGUCUUGUCGUUAGUUGAAUUCACCUACAACAACAUCUUUCAGUCCAGCAUUGGAAUGGUGCCCUUUGAAGCUCUUUAUGGAAGAAAGUGUAGAACACCACUUUUUUGGUUUCAAGAGGGAGAAGUGGUGUUAACUGGACCAGAAGUCAUUCAACAGACGAUCGAGAAGAGGAGAAGACCUCUGGAGUUCGCUGCAGGAGAUCAUGUCUUUCUUAGACUGAAUCCAACUACCGGCGUAGGCAGAGCCGUUUGGCCUAAGAAGCUGCCUCCCAAGUUUAUUGGUCCUUCCCAAAUUCUAAGGCGCAUAGGACCAGUUGCUUAUGAGAUAGCUUUGCCUCCUCAACUAGCCAACUUCCAUCCAGUUUUCCAUGUCUCACAACUCAGAAAGUAUAUAGUUGAUCCUUCUCAUGUGCUGGAAGUAGAAGACAUUCAGAUCAAAGAACACUGUUCGGUUGAGAUGAAGCCUGUCAGCAUAGAAGGAAGCCAAACCAAACAAAUCAGGGGCAAAACCAUCAGUUUGGUUAAAGUAGUUUGGGAUAAGAAGACAGAAGGGGAAGAGUCGCUGGAAGAGGCUCUAGAAGCUGUGGAAGUGAAAGCUGAGCCACAUGACCGUUCAAUCAUUAGGAUGAGUUCUAUUUUGUAUAAUCGUUCGGUGUAA